GUUUAGGGGUCAUGGAGUUGGUGAUUUGGGCCACCGCCACCGCGAAACAUUUCCCGCGAUCUCGGGCGCCUUCCCGCGAGCGCGAAACCUCCCAAUCCGUUCCGUUCCCCACCUCAGCCGCGUAAUCCCACCCAUUCUGCGUGUCAAGCUAGGGUUUCUCCUCGCCCCGCCGGCCCGCCCCCAUAGAUCCCCACACCAAGGCACGCGCUAGAGCCUAGAGGAGCUGCACGAUCCGAUGGCGCCGCUCUCAUGGCGGCACCAUACGCUGCUGCAGGCGCUGCUCUCCCGUGGACCGCUCUCGGAGCGAGACUUCCACGCCCUCUUCACCGCCAUCUCCGGCGGCAAGAACCCCGCCACUCACCAGCAACUAUUCACUGAUACACUUAUGAAGAUCAACAAUGAGCUAGGGUAUCUACAAUUUGAUCUGCGAGCAUGUAUAAACCAGUAUGAUGGAACAGUUUAUUAUGGAGUGGUCAACAACAUUUCUGAUGAAGAAUCGAAGCUUGGCUCCAAGUAUUCUGUACCACAGAUUGCAUUCUACAAGGGACUGUUAGAAGCAAUAGUUCAUGAAGCUGGAAAUGAUGGGAGCAUAACUAGUAUUGAAGCUCUCAACGUCCGGAUUGACAACCAGGUCGUGAUUGCGGAUGGUACACAAGACACUCAAUCUCGUCUUCCUUCUUCUAUCACAAACUUCUUGUUCUCUCAAAAGGAAAAGACUCUUACUGAACUGAUACAAGAUCGUUGGCUGGCGUACACCUCAGAGGGCAAGAUUGGUCUUGGUAUCAGAUCAUUUCUUGAUCUCCGGAGCUGGUUUCGCAGCAAUGAUAUCCCAUCAUGCGAGGUUUGCAAUGAAGCUGGUAUAAAGGCAUCAACUUGUUCCAAGGAAGGAUGCAAUGUGAGAAUCCAUAUCUACUGUCUGAAGAAGAAAUUUCCACAGCGGAAGGCCUCGAGAGCUUGUCCCCAGUGUGCCACUGAAUGGCCCCAGCAGGAAGGCGAGGACGAGGGUGACGAGGAAGCGAACGAGCCCGGCGGGGAAGGUCAGGAGGGCCCAUCGGCUGACCCUCCUUCGAGGAGGAAACGCAGAGUCAAGGCUGAACUGGCGGAGGAAGCUGAAGAAGCAGGCCCGUCGACCGCGGUGCCCAGGAGAAGUUCGAGGAUGGCCAAAGCCGAGGAGGCAGCGUCUGCAGAUGCUUCACAGCCGGCCAGGUCCUCAAAGAGAAGGAAGAAAUGAUGGCUCUUUCUAGUAAGAUUGGCAAUGCAAUGCUGCUUUUGUCGUGUACAUAGCGUAGCUGGUAUCACUAUGCUGGUGGUUUCUGCCUUCCUGGAGUUACUUGCUUGACCUGCUCUGCUUGCCCGUUUGCCGCCUGGCUUUAGCCAGCUGGGAAGACAAGGACAAGGACGGCCCCUGUUAGUUUAAGUACUAUAAUUAAUUAUUAUAUAUGCCCUUCAGGUGUUGCAUUA